AUGCUUAUGGCAGUCGAAGACUCAAUAUUAGGGAAAGAGCUAGAUCUGGCAGAUCUCGAUAUUAGUCAGAAGCAACACGUGUUGAUGUACAGACGAGAGGCACUCAAACGCAUGAUUUAUGAAAUCGACGUAUAUGAACAAGGAAUGUGGCAUAACCGAAAUCUCGUGCAUGAGCUUGUGUGUGGGACAAAUCGCUUGGGUAGUGGACAU